AUGCACGACUUCACCGUGCCCACCAAAUUUGGCCAGGCGAUUGUUCGCAUUGCCUUCCCUCCCGCCUCGCUCCUCGCCUUCCCCCCUAAAGAACUUCCAGUGACCAUCCCCGCGCCUCACAUCGAUUCGCCGACAUGGAAACAGCCCUUCAACAUCCCGAAUGAUCUAUACACCAAGGUCCUGGACGUCCGACUACCAAUCACAAUCGCCAGUGUCUACGCGAUCACUGUGAUCCUGAUCAAUCGCAUCAACAAGAGUCGCGGAUAUAAGCCAUAUGCGUUCAGCAACACCCGCUUGUUUAAGCUGUUCGUUGUUCUCCAUAAUGUCUUCCUAGCCGUGUACUCCGCAUGGACCUUCGUGGGCAUGUUCCAGGCCUUCAGCGGCUCUUUCCCGGACAGCGACGAUCCCCACGGAGUGGUUGGACUUGUGGAUUCCCUAUGCAAGAUCAACGGACCCCGCGGUUACGGCAACGCCGCGAUUUACAGCCCCAUCACUGACGAGUGGUCAAUUCCCAACCCCGCCUUCCACCUUACCAAUGGCAUGCCAGACCCCACAGAUGCUGGUCGUCUGUGGAACCGGGGCUUGGCUUACUUUGGCUGGUUCUUUUAUCUGUCCAAGUUCUACGAGGUUGUCGACACCGCCAUCAUCCUUGCCAAGGGCAAGAAGAGCUCCACUCUGCAGACUUACCACCAUGCGGGAGCUAUGAUGUGCAUGUGGGCUGGUAUCCGCUACAUGGCAGCUCCGAUCUGGAUCUUCUGUCUCGUUAACUCGGCCAUUCACGCUAUGAUGUACACCUACUAUACCAUCACUGCUCUCCGCAUUCGUGUCCCUAAUGCUAUCAAGCGCAGCUUGACCACCAUGCAAAUCACCCAGUUCGUCUUCGGAACCAACAUGGCCGCUGCCUAUCUAUUCGUCCACUACACUGUCCCCUACCCAUCUGGUAGCGCCGCCCUGCAACAGCUGAACAAUGCCGCUUCCGCCGCCGCCUCUGCCACCGCCGAGGUUGGUUCGAUCUCUUGGUUGAAGAAGCUUGCAUUCCGGGCUGCAGGCGCAGAAGGAAUUGCCGAGAACGUGGGCAAUACUUUCAACGCCGCCCCUGUCCAGCAGACUGGCUACACCCAGCAAAUGGUGACCUGUGCGGACACCACCGGACAGGGAUUCGCCAUCUGGCUGAACGUCUUCUACCUCCUUCCCCUCACCUACCUCUUCGCGCGCUUCUUCGUCCGCUCCUACCUGAACCGCAAGGACUCAGGAGUGAAACAGCCCACGCACAUGGAGGCCGCUGAGAAGGCCGGGAUGGAUGCUUUGAAGAGUCUGAGCCGUGAGAUCCGCAAGGCCGCCAUUGAGGGCGAGACCAGCGAGGUUACCACCGAUGAUGAAGUCAUCAAAUCUCAGGCACAGAAGAUCGUUGAUAAAGUCACCACUCCUGACUCGCCGAUCCGUACCCGCUCGGCUGCUGCUUCCAAGGCAAAGGCUGUCUCGGCGUCGGUCAAUCGGUCGGAUUCGGAAGAGGGCUUUGCUAAGGUCCCCACCAAGAAGGGAGCCAAGAAGCAAAAGAUCGAAAAGGAUUCUCCCUCCAGUAGCCCAAACCCAAAUGGUGAGAAUCCAUUCGGAGUAUUGGAUAACAAUGCUUAA